CAGGGCUCGGUAUUGAACCCGUCCUACUGGCCAUGCUGCUGCCUGCAGCGCUGGCGCUGACGCUGGGUGCGAUGUGUCUCUUCUGCAAGAAAAGGCCGCCCAAGAAAGAGACAAGAAAAGCAACAGCGGACGUGAAGCAAUGGCCGCUUGUGAAGACACCGAUUCUGAUCGCCGACUUCCCGGACUGCUACCUGAAGUUGUCCGACGAUCACGGCCACGGCCUCUCUCACGAGUUCCAGGCACUACCGCCCACAGACCUCAAGCAGACGACGCUGACGGCUUCACUGCCAGACAACGUCACUAAGAAUCGCUUUGCCGAAUACGUGCCCUACGACCAGUGGAGGGUGAAGCUCAGUCUGGUCGCCGGAAUUCCCAACUCCGACUACAUCAACGCCAGCUACAUCAAGGGCUUCAACUCGGACGAGGAGUACAUCGCCACCCAGAGCCCUCUGUCGGGAACGGUGGCGGACUUCUGGCGUCUCAUCUGGGAGCUGCGAGUGUCACAGAUCGUCGUGGUGACCGCCUGCAGUGCCACGGAGGACGAGAGCGGCACUGUGACCUGUGAGCAGUAUUGGCCGUCGGACCUCACGACCCUGAGCCACGGCGACAUCUCCGUGGUGCUCGUGUGGAGCGACGAGAAUCCGGAGUGGACAGUCAGGAGCCUCAGGGUCAUCACGCUCGCUGCCGACGCGAAGCUUCGUGCAGCUGUGCCGGAAGCACGCACGUGGAGCCCGCAGCAGCUCGCCCAUCCUCGUGCACUGCAGGUGGGCAGCACGCAGACACAGCUCCCACAGAGGGUGCACACAGACACAGACACAUAG